UACUUCCACCCAUAUUCUAACACACAGCAUAGCAAGCUUAAGAAAAACAUAAAAUCAUACACAACUUUUUCUCUUGCUCUAUCCCUUUCUCUCUUAACACAUCUUCUACAAUCACAAUGGGGGUUCCCGUUUAUGAUUUUUCGAAACUUGAUGGUGAAGAGAGGGCUGCUACCAUGGCUCAGAUCCAUAAUGGAUGUGAAGAAUGGGGAUUCUUCCAGUUGGUGAAUCAUGGGAUUUCAGAGGAGCUUCUGGAGAGAGUUAAGAAAAUCAGCUCUGAUUGUUUCAAGCUCGAACGAGAAGAAGAGUUUAAGAAGUCGAAGCCUGUGACAAAGCUGAAUGAGAUCGUCGAGAGCAAAAGUGAAGAGAAAUUGGAUGAUGUUGAUUGGGAAGAUGUCUUUCUUCUUACUGAUGACAAUGAAUGGCCAUCAAAACUUCCUGGAUUUAAGGAGACAAUGACAGAGUACAGAGCAGAACUGAGGAAACUUGCAGAAAAACUGAUGGAAAUAAUGGAUGAGAAUCUUGGUCUGCCAAAAGGCUACAUCAAGGCGGCCUUCAACGGUGGAGAAUCUAGUGAAGGAGUGGAUGAGACCGCCUUCUUUGGCACCAAGGUGAGCCACUACCCACCCUGCCCCCACCCUGAGCUUGUGACAGGCCUGCGAGCCCACACAGAUGCCGGUGGGGUGAUCCUGCUCUUCCAAGACGACAUAGUUGGUGGAUUACAGAUGCUUAAAGAUGGACAAUGGAUUGAAGUGCAGCCUGUUCCAAAUGCCAUAGUCAUCAAUACAGGAGAUCAGAUCGAGGUCCUAAGCAAUGGAAGGUACAAGAGUGCCUGGCAUCGGGUUUUGCCUAAUCUUGAAGGGACUAGGCGGUCCAUUGCCUCGUUCUACAACCCAUCCUACAAGGCAUCCAUUGCCCCUGCCCCACAGCUCGUCGAGGAGGUCAAGGAAGAGGAGGAGGUGGAGAAAUCUCCCAAGGAAAGUGUCAAGUAUCCGAGGUUUCUGUUUGGAGACUACAUGUCUGUUUACACAGAACAGAAGUUCCUGCCUAAAGAACCCAGGUUCCUAGCUGUUAAGGCCGUGUAAAUUUUCUCUUUUUUUAACUUCAAGCACAUAAUGUAACUGUUGGAACACAAAGUUCCAUCAGUAAUUUUUUUUUAAUCUUUAUUCCUUUUUUUUUUUUUUUUUUUGUGUUUUUUCAAAGCAUUCUACCCUCUAAUUGUGGGUUGGUGGAUGUCUUUGAAGUAGUAUGGUGUUAAGAAGUUGGAUUAAUGUAAUCCUUAUUCUGUAAUCUAGACUUCUUUUUAAUUUUUUUGCGGUAUCAGUAAUCCUGACUUAUUUAUCGACAGCUUAUUA